UAAAUUUCAAAUUAUUUCAAAUUUCUUUGCAAUGUUUUAUAAAAAAAAAUUUACUUAUAAUAAGCAAUUUGGUUGAAAAUAUUUUAAAUAUAAAUGUAAGAAAGUAAAUAAUGUAUGGUCAAGCAAACUUAAAGUCUUGUGAAUUCACUUUAAAUUUUCAACAACAGUUUGAAAAUGAAAAUCUACAUCAGCAGCACAUUUAUUUUCAAGGACGUUCCAACCAACAGCGUACCCAUAUUGAAGAGUAUUACCACCAAUGCUACUGUUAUGGACAUUUUUCAAAUAUAUCAUGCAAUCAAGCACAUCAUCAGAAUCACUUCAUUUAUUAUGGUAAAGAAAACACAAUGCUUAAUGUUAAUGGUUCGUUUAGCGUCAAUGAAGAUCAUUUAUUACCAUUAUUAAGUUAUAAUAAAGUUCAACACGGCGAUGAAAAUUUUAUUAUACCUAAAGUUGAAGAAGUAUCUACAUAUUUCCAGAUCAAAAAGUCGAAAGAGAAAUUCGCUAGGUCAAAAUACAGAAAACCUCGUACAGUAUUUUCUGAUCUUCAACUUAUGAUACUUGAACGUGAGUUUAACAAUCGAAAGUAUCUAUUGACAUCUCAAAGAACAAAGUUAGCAAACCGGCUUGGCCUAAACCAAACACAGGUUAAAACUUGGUAUCAAAACCGUCGAAUGAAAUGGAAGAAAGAAAUAUCUGAAAGUGAGGACAAUGAAUCAAAGAUUUCGUAAAAAAUUAGUUAUAAACAGUGAAAAUAUCUUCAAAGUUGAAGCUUUAAUGUUAUCUUGAAGCAAUCUAAAUUUGACAAGAUUUCAGGCAAGAUAAAAAUAUUUUGACAAAUGAGCUAAACUGAUUUAAAAAAUAACUUGAAACUUGAGGCUCUAAUUAAAAAAACUGUUGUUUUUUUUAAAUUAAUGUCUUUAAUAAAGAAA